GCAAUGGAGUCAAAUGACUCCCACCGUGUGGAUUCUGAGUCCAGGUACACUCUCUUCCCCAUCUUCUACAGCAUCAUCUUUGUGCUGGGGGUAAUAGCCAACAGCUAUGUGCUGUGGGUUUUUGCCCGCCUGUACCCUUCCAAGAAACUCAACGAGAUAAAGAUCUUCAUGGUGAACCUCACCACGGCAGACCUGCUGUUUCUGAUCACUCUGCCCCUGUGGAUCAUCUACUACUACAACCAGGGCAACUGGAUUCUCCCUAAAUUCCUGUGCAACCUGACUGGUUGCUUCUUUUUCAUCAACACCUACUGCUCGGUGGCCUUUUUGGGUGUCAUCACUUACAACCGUUUCCAGGCCAUGACACAGCCCAUCAAGACGGCUCAGGCCACCACACGCAAGUGGGGCAUCUAUUUGUCCCUGGUCAUUUGGGUGGCUAUUGUGUCUUCUGCCUCCUACUUCUUUUUUGACGACUCUACCAAUGUUGUGCCCAACAAGUUGGGUUCAGGCAACGUCACCCGCUGCUUUGAGCAUUAUGAGGAGGGCAGCAUCCCAGUCCUCAUCAUCCACAUCUUUCUUGUGUGCAGUUUCUUCCUUGUAUUCCUCCUCAUUUUCUUCUGCAACCUGGUUAUCAUCCGGAAGCUGCUCAUGCAGCUGACCCAGCUGCAGAGCAACAUGGAAGUCAAGUGUCGGGCGCUGUAGAUAGUGUGCACUGUCUUGGCCGUAUUCAUCAUUUGCUUUGUGCCCUACCAUAUAGUGCAGCUGCCCUGGACCCUGCUGGAACUGAAAUUCCUGAAGACCCAGUUCCAUCAGGCCAUUAAUGAUGCCCAUCAAGUCACCCUUUGCCUUCUGAGCAACAACUGCGUCUUAGACCCCAUCAUCUACUGUUUCCUCACCAAGAAAUUCCAGAAGCACCUCACUGAGAAGUUCUGCAGCCUACGCAGCAGCCGGAAAUGCUCCCGGGCCACCUCAGAGACAGGGACUGAAGUGGUCAUGCACAGCUCCAGGUCUCAUCAGGAGACCGUUACUGCCUGGAAUCUUCCUCAGAGAGGAGCCCAGAGGCCAGAGCCAGGGGCUUGCUGCUCAUUUAUUCAGCACCAGUCAAGGAUUAGACACUGGCCGCAAGGCAGAGAGUUUUCUCAGGUCAGUUGCUGGAAGCCAAGCAAGGCCCCUCCCAGCCCCGGGCUCCUAGGUGGCCACUUCACACCAUAUCCACUCAAGAAGGAGGCUCAGCAGGAGCUAGAGGCCAGCUGA